CACCGUGUCCAACACACAUAGAGGCACACACCACGGCAGGUACACAGCGUACACGAAACCAAUCAGCUGCGCUCAGUUACUCGGCACUAAAGGCUCCCUGGAACAUUUGCCGAAAAGUCUGAUAGUGGUAGCAUCAGAUAAUAGGUUAUCAGAACCAUAUCGCUGGCUGUUCAGGGGAUCCAAAAUGAUGGGCCGCAAGGGAAAGAACGAAGGAAACUUAACAUUCAAUAUGCGAGGGACAAAACAGAACCCAAGCGAGUAUAAUGUGGUAGCAAUAAAUGCUGAGGAUGAUACUCGAUGUUUCACCAAGUAUACAAGUAUACCGGCUUUUGGAACCCCACAUGAAGGACCGCUAAAUUAUGAUAUGUGGCUCAGUGAAACAACGUGGUUCAUAAAGGACAUGCAGUUCUUAUUGGUGUUGAAACAUGAUAGGUUUUGGAGUAUCAUCCUGAACAAUCAAUUGGCGUUGGAAAGUGUAGUUUCAUUUAUGCAAAAUGCAUUACCAAUAUAUCUAAGGUCCAAGUUAAAGUCAUUGGCAACCAAAGAAGUGUCUAUACUGUACUCGUUAGCUUACAAGACCGUGUUCCAGGUCAUGUGCCGCUUAACUACAUCGUGGAAGAAGAGAAAAGAAUCGAUUCCAACCGAUCUCUUUGCACAAAUGAUUUACGAUCAUUUUAUCGUGUCUGUACCACUUAUCUUUGAUUUUAUUUUUAUUUAUGGACGGGAUAAUGAAAGUGUAUCAUCAAUAGUGGAAUCCAUUGUAAAAUUGCAACCAAAGUAUGAAAUGGAUCUAAAAAUGGGCCUCCAAUAUUUUAUGAAUGUGUUAGCUUCGAUUCAAGUACGAUGCGAAUCGGAAAUGCAAAAUCAAAAUUUGUCCGAAGGGGUUUUGAGUGAUUUGGCCCUCUACGUUCUUGAUUGCAGUUAUAACCUGAGCUCGCUAGUAGCGGUACCUAUUCUGCGGAAUAUGUGUUGCGAUGUAAGCAUGGAGUAUCCGAUAAGCAACUUUUACGAAAAUGUCGUUCUGGUUCUGUAUGCUUGCAUCCAAUCGGUGAAUGAAAAAUCGGAAUACUUAACACGUCUUAAUGACGCGCGCAUUGAACUUCUCCAUGCAUUUCGAUCGAUCGUCUACGUUCAUUUGGAUAAAAUUUUGCAAGCUCCGGCAAAUAGUCUUCUUUCGGCGGAUAAAUUCCUAGGCGUUUUAACCGAAUGCUUGACAAAUAAUGUGUUUGUUAAUGACUACAAGAAUCACUAUCCGAUGGACGUUGAUUUAGAAAUAUUAGAGCAAGCUUACAGCUCGGUGGAUAAAAUUAAACUGGAUUUCAUCAAAAACGCGUACAUUAUGUCUCCCGAGGAGGGUAAAAAAGGACAGAAGAUCAACCAAACUUGCCAACCUGUGGAAGAGUCAACAUAUGCGCCAGAUUCAAAUGAAAUGAACAGCAGUAACGAUGCAGAGAAGGAUCAUGAGAUGCAAAGUAAUAUUCAAUACGUGAUGGAUAUUCUACCGCAUCUGGAUCCAUAUUAUGUACGGAGAAUAAUUGAACACUUUGACAGCGUGGAGAAAGCGUUGGCUAUUUUAUUAGAAGGCAAUGAAGAUGCACAGAGCAAAGACUCCAGGAAAGACAUAAAUGGUGAAAUCGUACCGGAAGAUCCGUUAGAUUCGUUUUACUUGCAAACUGGAAUUGAUAGGCUGAACAUCUUUGAUGGUGAUGAGUUUGAUGUGAUGAGCAAAAGCCAUGUAAAAGGAACAAUCAAAAAGGGCAAAGGUAUGCCUGGUAAUCCAAAAUCAUUCAAAGCUCUCUUGGACGAUAAGAGCCAUGUGAACGAAAUGCGCCAUGUAUAUCGCCAGUACAGUACCUUAGCUGAUAUGGACGACGAUGAGUAUGAUGAUACAUUCGAGGCAAUGGCGGAAAGUGAAUCACGACAUAUAAAAUUCGCUAAAGGGACUAGAAUCUCGGAGAUCGAAGAAUCGGACGAUGACGAUGAAUCCGAUACCGAAGAUAGUGAUCCUGAGGCAGAACCGCACAAAAUGGCAGGAUUUGAAUUCUGUGAGAACCCUGAAAUAACUAGAAAGAGAUACGAAGAGCGACUUAUCUCCAAGGGUGUUAAACCACAAGCACCAAAAGAGACAGCCGAUGUUCGAGGCAAUCCAAAAGGUCAAGGACAGGAUUUCAAAGUGUUGCAGAAUAGAAAAAAAAAGAAUGAAAACAAGGCAUCUCAAAGCAACCAUAAUAGAAAACGUGGUGCAACCUUUAAAAGGAGCCGCGGUAUGUUACCAUCAUAAAAGAUCGAUGGUGUGAAAAAUUCUACAAUACGGGCUUACCCAACAACCCGGAGGACGACACCUACCGUGCAAUAAUUAUCCGCUUUUUGUUAAUAUUCCAAUUCAAAUCAAUUGUACAAUAAGUCAAAAGAACCCAUUGUUGGUAG